CUAAUUGAUUCGCACCAAUCUCUAUAUCUAUAUUCUCCUGCAUAAGUUCGCAAGCAAAUCCGGAUCCCCGGUUUCUAUAAACCGGUGCGCUUGUUAACAAGCCAACACAAUGCCGCGUAACGCCCUAGACAAUGAGGAGGCGAAGGAAGCGCAGAUGGAAGCCGUCCGCGGCGCGGGCUGGGGAGCUCUCAAAUGGGGUGCUGCGGCGGCCUUUUUCGGCGGCAUUGGGUAUGCGACGUCACCCAUGUACCGCGGUUUAACAAUCCAGUUCAAGGUUUAUCUCCAGAUGUCCAGCAUGAUAUUAGGUGGGAUGAUCGAGGCGGACUCGAGGAUGCGCCGCUUCGAGCACCAAGUACGUAUGCAGCGUAUGAUAGCUCGAGAUCGGGCGAUGUGGAAAGAUUUAGUGGACGACGAGGACGACGAGUUGCGCACUACACCUAUGGGGACAUCAGCCUCAAAGAAAUGAAGAGGCGGCACCGAUGCUAGUCUUUCAUAACUUCACUGUCUACAAUCUUGUAUAAAAGCAAAUCAAUCCGUGUAAAUAUUUAGCUCUGCCAAUUCCGCC